AACGUGGACAAGGAAGAAGGGAGACAAGAGCGUAUCUCUGAAAAUCCACAAAAUUCGAUUCAGUUUGCUUUAAAAAGCAAAGGCAUAAAAAAAGUCGUCAAAACUAGUUUUACACACUGCUGAAAAACCCAAGAGAAAACACAAGACUCAGAUCAAGACGACCAAAAACUCGUACUCUCUCUCUCUCGCUCUCUACUAUUCCACAUUCAUUGUUUAACUCUGUAUUUCCUAACCAAAGUCCAAAGCCAACGCCUUUCUAUAACUGGACAGGUAAAGAUGGAGUCUUUCAACAACCCCAGUUCCUCUUUUUUGAUUCUGGGUGUGUGCUUAGCUUAGCUUAGCUGUGUGUGUUUCUCGGGUCAAUCUCAGGCUUCCAUUAUUAAAUGGAAUAGAAACAGUGAACGUGCUCCUUCUUUGUCAGGACAUGAUUAGAGUUCCUUGUGUUUUUUAUAAUCCUAAAAAGCCUUUUUCUUCUUUGUUUAACAUUCACAGCCUGAGACAGACAAUUUCCAGAGAUAAUUGACAGGACUUGCUUUGGAGUUUGAGCUCUAGUUUUUUCCUUCCCCAUCUUUUGAGAGCCAUGCUUUGUCUCUGAGAAUUGAGAAUUCUUCUUUUCGAGUUCUGGGUUUCUGUCUCUUUUAGUGGGUUUUCAGUGAAGUCUACAUUCCACAGAAGGAGCUAUUUGGUCAUAUUUUUGGUUGCUUCUGCUUUGCGGUGUUUGAAUCACGCAAAACAAUGCUGUAAUGAUAAUUUACUUGGAGUUUAGUACUACCUUUUUCCUUUUCUACAUGAGGAAAAAGUUUCUGAAAUUUAGCUACUUUGAGGAAGUUGGCUUGGCUCAUUUUUGGGGUUCUGUUUUGGCUUAGGAUGAGGUGGGUGAAGAGGAAACAAGAAGAAGAAGAAGAAGAAGAAGAAGCAAAGAGGUAGUUGAAUUUGUGGUGAUGGGUGGGAAUUUGAAGAUGCAGAGCCACCACUCUGUGGCUGUGAGGCUGAAUGAGCAAAUGGGGGCCAAAAAGGGCUUCACUUUUAUUCAGGCCUACAGAGCUUGGUUCCCAAAGCUUUUGAUGCUUUGGAUUCUGGUGAUGGCAUAUUUGAGCUUGUCAAUCUACAAUUACAUGGAUGCUGAUAACAAAGUGAGAAGGGUGGAAGUGCUUAGUAGCAUGUGUGAUCAGAGAGCAAGAAUGUUGCAAGAUCAGUUCAAUGUUAGUGUUAAUCAUGUGCAUGCCCUGGCCAUCCUUGUUUCAACAUUUCAUUACCUCAAGAACCCAUCAGCAAUUGAUCAGGAAACUUUUGCAGAAUACACAGCCAGAACUGCCUUCGAGAGGCCUCUAUUAAGUGGGGUGGCCUAUGCACAAAGAGUUGUUAAUUCGGAGAGGGAAAGUUUCGAAAGGCAAAAUGGCUGGAUGAUAAAGACGAUGGAGAGGGAGCCCUCACCCAUCCGAGAUGAGUAUGCACCUGUAAUUUUCUCGCAGGAAACCGUCUCUUACAUUGAGUCAAUUGACAUGAUGUCUGGGGAGGAGGACAGAGAAAACAUUUUAAGGGCUAGGGCUACUGGAAAAGCAGUUCUGACCAGUCCAUUCAGGCUGCUCGGUUCACAUCAUCUUGGUGUUGUGCUGACUUUCCCUGUUUACAAAUCCAAGCUCUCUCCAAACCCAACUGUGGAGGAGCGCAUAAAAGCAGCUUCCGGGUACCUUGGUGGAGCCUUUGAUGUUGAGUCCCUUGUAGAGAAUUUACUUGGGCAACUUGCUGGGAAUCAGGCCAUUAUGGUUUAUGUAUAUGAUGUCACAAAAUCUUCUGAUCCCCUAAUCAUGUAUGGUCACCAAUAUCAUCAAGAUGGUGACACGUCUCUUCUGCAUGAAAGUAAGCUUGAUUUUGGGGAUCCCUUCAGAAAGCAUCAGAUGAUAUGUAGAUAUCAUCACAAGGCACCGACAUCAUGGACAGCAAUUAACACUGCAUUCUUAUUCUUUGUGAUUGGUUUAUUAGUUGGGUAUAUCUUAUAUGGAGCUGCAAUGCACAUUGUCAAAGUCGAGGAUGAUUUCCGUGAAAUGGAAGAAUUAAAAGUUCGAGCAGAAGCUGCUGAUGUUGCCAAGUCCCAGUUUCUUGCUACUGUUUCCCAUGAAAUUCGAACACCCAUGAAUGGAAUCCUUGGAAUGCUUGCCUUGCUUCUAGAUACAGCUUUAAGUGGAACCCAGAGGGAUUAUGCUCAAACUGCUCAGGCCUGUGGAAAGGCACUGAUAGCAUUAAUAAAUGAGGUGCUUGACCGGGCAAAAAUUGAAGCUGGAAGGUUGGAGCUGGAACAAGUUCCAUUUGGCAUUCGAUCUAUACUAGAUGAUGUCCUUUCUUUAUUUUCUGAAAAGUCUAGAAAUAUGGGUAUAGAGCUUGCAGUAUUUGUUUCCGAUAAAGUUCCAGAAAUUUUUAUCGGUGAUCCCGGGAGAUUCAGACAAAUCAUUACAAAUCUUGUGGGCAACUCUAUUAAAUUCACAGAACGAGGACAUAUAUUUGUCAAAGUCCAUCUAGCUGAGCCCUCGAAGGCCAUGAUUAAUGGGAAAUCAAUGACUUACUUGAACGGAGGAUCAGAUGAAGGUGUAAAAACAUCUGAUGGUCGUCAGUUUAAGACGUUAAGUGGAUGUGAAGCAGCUGAUGAUCAGAAUAGUUGGGAUACUUUUAAGCAUCUAAUUGCUAAUGAAGAACAUAGAACUGAUGUUUCAAGUAAUGUUGCAGCCAAUAAUGAGGCUUCUGGACAUAUCACUUUGAUGGUAUCUGUGGAAGAUACAGGAAUUGGUAUACCAUUAUGUGCCCAAGAACGAGUAUUUAUGCCCUUCAUGCAGGCAGACAGUUCAACCUCUAGACAUUAUGGAGGCACUGGUAUCGGCUUGAGCAUCAGUAAGUGUCUAGUUGAACUGAUGGGUGGUCAGAUAAACUUCACAAGUCGACCUCAUGUUGGGAGCACAUUUUCGUUCACGGCUAAUUUUGGGAGGUGCAAAGAAAAUGUAGUUAGUGACUUGAAAAAACCUAAGUUGGAAGAUCUACCUUCUAACUUUAGAGGAUUGAGAUCGAUACUAGUUGAUGGAAAACUUGUGAGAGCUGCUGUAACAAAAUACCACUUGAAGAGACUUGGAAUCUUGGUAGAAGUUGUAAGUAGCAUAAAGAUGGCUGUUGCUUUUUGUGGAAGAAAUGGUUCUGCGACAUCUGGAAAUAUUGUCCCUCCAGAUAUAAUUCUAGUAGAAAAGGAUGCAUGGAUUUCUGGUGAAGAAUGUGAUCUCAACAUACAGCAAUUGGAAUGGAAACAGAAUGGGCAUAUAUAUAAGCUGCCUAAGAUGAUCCUUCUUGCAACCAAUUUCGGUGAAGGUGAAUUUGAUAAGGCAAAGGCAGCUGGUUUUACAGAUACCGUGAUUAUGAAACCUUUGAGGGCUAGUAUGGUAGCUGCAUGUCUUCAACAGGUGCUUGGCAUAGGGAAGAAGAGGCAACAGGGGAAGGAGCUGCCUAAUGGAUCUAAUUUCCUUCAAAGCCUGCUCUCUGGUAAAAAAAUCUUGGUGGUUGAUGACAAUAUGGUAAACAGAAGAGUUGCUGCAGGUGCAUUAAAAAAGUUCAGAGCUGAUGUAGUGUGUGUUGACAGUGGCAAAGCUGCAUUGCAUUUGCUUCAAAUACCACACAACUUUGAUGCUUGUUUCAUGGAUAUUCAAAUGCCUGAAAUGGAUGGUUUUGAGGCAACUCGUAGAAUUCGGCAGAUGGAGAGCAAGGCAAAUGGGGAGAUAAAUGGUGGAUUGGAAGGAGUUGCAAGAAAGGGUGAGUGGCAUUUGCCAGUAUUAGCUAUGACCGCUGAUGUUAUCCAUGCCACUUAUGAUGAGUGCCUAAAAUGUGGUAUGGAUGGAUAUGUCUCAAAGCCAUUUGAGGAAGAGAAUCUGUAUCAAGCCGUGGCGAAGUUCUUCAAAUCUAAACCAGAGUCAUAGUUCUCCUUUUGCUUCACAGAAGCUGCAAAUUGCAAAUCUGCAGGCCUCUUAGUUGUUCGAGCAUCACCAGCAAGUUUUCAAUAUUGUGCUGGGGCCUGGCUUCCUGUAGAGUAGGGCAUCAGUUGGUCCUAGAGUUUUGAUAAUUCUUAAUGCCUUGAAUUCAAUACAGGUUUGAGCAGUCGUUUCUAACCAACUUUAUAACUUGAUUAGUAUCUACUAUCCACUCAAAUGUAUUCUAGAUAAACCUCCCUUCCCACUUGUAUGUAUAGGAUUAGAAUUGAAGGAGGAGCAAAAUGUGUAAAUCAUAUGUUUUUGCAACCCUUCUUGGAAUCUUUCGUCUGAGGAAGAGUCUGAUUUGUAUCACUCUUGUAGAACAAAUUGAAUGUUCAAGAAUGAAAUAUUUGUGAACAAGCUUAGAUGAAGAUGGUGUACAACAAAUUCAAUGGAAACGCUAAUAACUCAUUAAACUUUUCUUUCA